AUGGGUGGGGUGGUGGUGGGUGGGGGUAGUUUUAGUUGGGUAGUGUUAUUGGGGGGUGGGGUGGUGUUUGUUGGGGUGGGGGGGUGGGGGGGGGGGUGGGGGGGGGGUUUUUUUGUGGUGGUUGUUGUGUUAUGGUUGGUAGGGGGGGGGGGGGGGGUUGGGGGGUGGUGGGGGGAGUGUUUGUUGGUGGGGGGGUGUAUGGUGUUUGUUGGGAGGGUUGGGGGGGUUGGUGGGGUGUUGGGGGGGGGGAUGGGGUGGGGGGGGUGUGGGUGUGGUGUUGUGGGGGGGGGUGGGUUGGUGGUGGGGUUUGGUUGGGUGGUGUGGGUGGUUGGGGGGGUAUUGUGGGGGGUGGGUUUUUUGGUUGGGGGUUUUGGAGGGGUGGGUUUGGAGGGGUGGGGGGGGUUUGGGUGGGGGGUUGGGGGGGGGGGGGGUGUGGGGGGGGGGGUGGGGGGGGGGGUGGUGGGGGGUGGUUGGGGGGGGGGGGGAGUUGGGUGGGGGGUUGGUGGGGGGGUGGGGGGGGGGGGGGGGGGGGGGUGGGGGGGGGUGUGUGUUGGGUGGGGGGGGGGGUGGGGGGGGGGGUGGGGGGGGUGGGGGGGGGGGGGGGGGGUGGGGGGUGGUGGGGGUGGGGGGGGGGUGGGGUGGUUUGAGGUGGGGUGUUGGGGGGGGGGGGGUUGGGGUGGGUGGAUUGGGUGGGGUAGGGUUGGGUGGGGGGGGGGGUGUGGGGGGUGUGGGGGGUUGGGUGUGGGGGGGGUGGGGUGGGUUAUUGGGGUGUGUGUGGGUUUGGUGGGGGGGGGGGUGAGGUGUUGUGGUGUGGUGGGGGGGGUGUGGGGGGUUGGGGGGUGGUUGGUGGGGGGUGGGGUUUGGUUUUUUGUUGGGGGAUAUGGGUGUGGGGGUGGGGUUGAUUUGUGGGGGGGGGGUUUGGGGGGGGGGUGUUGGUUGGGUGGUGGUUGGUGGGUGGGUGGGGGUGGGGUUGGGGGGUGGGGGGGGGGGGGGGGGGGGUGGUGGGGUGUGGGGGAGGGUGUGGGGUGGGUGGUGGGGGGGGGUUUUGGGUGUGGUGGGGUUUGUGGGGGUUUUUUGGGGGAAAUGGGGGGUUUGUGGUGGGGGGGAGUGUGGUGGUGGGGGUGGGGGGGGGGGGGUUUUUGUGUGGGGGUUUGGUGUGAUAGGGGUGAGGGGGGGGGGGUGGUUUAUUUUGUAGGGUGGGGGGGUGUGUAUGGUAAUGUGUUGGAGGGUUGGGUAUGGGGGUGGGAGGGUGUUGUGGUUUGGUGUGGGGUUUGGUGGUGUGGUUUGUGGGUUUUGGGGUAUGUGUUGGGGGUUUUUUGGUUGGGGUUGUUUGGGGGGUUUUUGGUUGGGUUUGGAUGUUGGGUGGGGGGGGGGGGGGUUGGGGGGGGUUGGGUGUGGGUGUGGAGGGGUUUUGUGGGUAGGGGGGUUGGGGGUUAG